AUGCAACAAAGGGUCCUCUCUGCUUCCUGCCUGCGCCAUUGGAUUCGCUCCUCAGGAUCUUCUUUGUCGGGAAGCAGCAUCAGCAACAAGAAUACGGACAACUGGGCAAGCAUAUCCAUUUGUUUGAUCAUGAUCUCUUUCAACAUGUCCGUCUCUCCGUCCGCCCUUAUCCUUGUCUCUUCUCUUCUCCUUGACAGAUCGAAUUUCGAACGGCAUUCGACAAGCGGGAUAGGUGACGGCGUGCUGGCCUCGGGCUGGCUCCCUGGGGAUUGGGUCUUCUCCCCUCCGGUCCCUCCUCCCUACAAUCCUUUGGCAGUCGCCACGAGACCCCGCGCCACUCACAACGCUCAUACGAUGGGCUCCUCGAUCUUAAUUACCGACAUGCCGCAAGAGCUCCUGCAGAAAAUUGCCCUGUACGCCACUCUUGGCUCCCCGCUCGGGCCUCCCAAGGAGCUGUACAACCUCCUCCUUACUUGUCGGCUGUUUCGUGACACACUCUCCCCGAAGAAUGCGUCAGAGUUGUACGCCUUCAUCUUUGCCCAGAAAUUCGACGCACGGGCGCCAUCACUCCGUCUCGGGGCCGCGAGUGUACGCGAACAAGCCCCAUUUGAGAUGCGCAGGCGCUUCGAGUUCAUUCGCAUUUUCAGACAAAGGAAUAUCCACCACCCCGACUUGACGCAGGCCCUCUGGACGGCGUAUACUAUGGUAGAGGACUCCGACACCAGCCAGAAGAACAUGAAGCAACUGCUCCGGGCGGGGAUGGUGGACUUUUUGGAUCUCUAUUUGAGAGAAAGAUUGUAUGAGGGUGCAAAAGAGAGUAACGAUGGAUGGCCGGUCUUGAACGAGCAGAAUUCCCUCGCGAUUGCGCUUUCGUGGACUCUGUCAUCACAAAGCUCUGUGAACCGAGAAGAUCGGACGACUAGUGAUAGCAUGAGGGACCUCCUACGGCCCAUUGUGUUCGCUGCUUUCCGCUAUUCAAUCUUUCCGACGACGGAAGACGCGUUUGGGUUCGGCGGCUCCUUCGAGCCUGCACAAGUACCGACGGUGAUGAAGCCAGCCGCGACCGUGUCGGUUGCGUCUCCGAUAUCGGGGUCCUCUCAAAUUGACCCUUCUUCCAUUGCUGCGAUUGCUCAGAACCAGAAGCCCUUCCCCCUCUCCGUCCUCGCACCAUGCGAAGUAGCUUACUUCGGCGAGAUUACGCUGAAGGCGCGCCUUCCGCCGGCCGCGCUCUUCGCGUCGCUUCUGUAUUUCACGCGCAUGGAGUCGAUUACACCCUUCUCCGUACCCCCACAUAUUUCUUACGCCACCCGUGCUGAAGCGCAGGCACGCGGAUACAACGGGGUGUGCUUGGAGGACUAUGAGCACUUCUACCGGAACUGUAGGACGAAGUUCGCUGACUUCCCGGCUCUUGACGUGGGCGUGCAGAGUACUGCGAUGGGCAAAGAGGAAGGGACUAUCUUCCAACCUGUACCAUAUCAGCUCGGAUCUCUCAGCGGCCGAUGGCAGGGAUCGCAGUUGAUGCCCUUCGUUCAGGAGUACAAGUCAUGGACAGAAAGUCCGUCUUUACCCAAGGAGUUUGACGCCGAAUGCCGCAGCCCGCUAUAUCUAUCGAUAGAGGAACACUACUGCUACGACAUAAAAGCAGCCGUGCCCCGCGACGACCUCGCUAAUGGGAUGAAGAACGCAUGGUUGCCGCGCAACUUACAGGCCACUGCUACCCGAGACGGUAGAGUGGAGUUCUCGGACGUCGAAGGGACCUUUCACACGACCUACAAAACCUACAGGCGAGGGAACACACCUACCAGCGGUCGAGGCCCUCAAAGACAGGUCGUGGAUGUGAUCAUCACCGGAAAGACAGAUGACCAGUACGCCAGGUGGGGUGGAGGCACGGUGAUCCUCGGACGUGUGAGGAUGCAGGAUGGCUUGAUGGUGUUGGUGAAAUCACUGCCUGAUAACCCGGACGAGGGUGCGACGAGGACGCUGCUCAGAGGAUACGUCACCUCAUCGCAAAAUCUGGUUGGUCGGGUAAAGGGCUCGUGGACUUCGUCCGAGUCAUAUUACGAAGGUGUUUUCAGCCUGGGCAAGGACCACAAUACAAGUCGACCGUAUCACUAA